UUCCCAGUUGACACAGAAGUGAAGUUAUUGGCAAGUGUUACUAUCAGAACCUUGAACUUGACAGAUGUUCCUCAUUGGGUCAAACCUUACCUUUACUUAGCACUGACCAAGCAUUUCCUGAGCUUGUUUGGUCAGCUGAAGACUCACAAGUGACAUUUUGUUGCAACAGUGCUUGUGGAUUUUUCUCAUUCCUCCGUUACUCAAAGCCUGCAGUUGUGCCAAACUUUGGAUUUAUUCACCUGAAUGGAAAUUAUCUGAACACUUUGGAUUUAAAACUAAAACAAUUUGGAUGUGCAAUGGAAGUUAACAAGAAAAAAGUGUUGAUGGUUUUACCACAGAGCAGAAUGAAGCUAGAUUUACAUGAUAUGCCGUCAUUUUCAGACAUUUUAUCUCCAUACUCUGCCGUAAUGUCUCCGUGUGCGGGAUUCCACACGCCAGUGUUUCCGAAAACACCAACAAGAAGCAUCCUUUCUUAUGACAUGUCAACUCCAAUCGUGCGCCGUCGUCAGUCCGAGGCUGAGAAGAAUGUCAACCGUCUCCGUAACUGUAUGCCAGAAAAGUUUUCUACCCUAGUCAAGAUGCAUCUCUCCUUCCUGCUAGAUCUGGAUGGCACAAAGCUUGAAGAAAUGUUCCUUGAAACUAACGAAAAACAUGAGAUCACCAAACGAAAGCCUUCCACACCAUUCUCAAAGAAAAAAGAAAAGCACCAACCCCAACCAAAUCUGUUUGGUGCUUCGUUAACCCAGGAAAACGUAUCACAGAUAUACCAGCUCAUCGACUUUUUGGGCAGACCAGACAAUAUCCGAACAGAAGGUCUGUUCAGAAAGACAGGAAAUUUUGCACGCCAAAGGCUUUUAAAGGAGUGGCUUAUCAGUGGGACCGAUCUUGGUUUGGACCACGGCACAUUCUCGCCGCACGACUGCGCUACAGUUCUGAAGAACUUCCUCGGGGAGCUUCCCGAACCUCUACUGACAGAGAAACACUACCAGGCACAUCUCCAAGUAACCAACAUGGGCAAGUCUCCCGUACUAGAGAAAGAGAAGUUGCGUGCUCGCAGUAAACAGAUCAAGACACUGCAGUUACUCUUCCUCCUUCUUCCACGUAACAAUGUGCUCCUCCUGGAGUGUCUCAUCGACCUCUUACAUCGCGUGACCAAGGUGUCCGAGAACAUGAUGACCGCAUCAUCUCUAGGCACUGUGUUCGCUCCCCACCUCCUCUGUCCAAGAAAGAUGUCCCCGGAGGAACUGCAGAAUAUCUCCCCUGUCAUCACACAGGCUGCUUCCUUUAUGAUCGAGAGUGGCACACAGAUAUUCAAGGUCCCCCGAGAGCUUGCGGCUGACAUUGCCAACUUCUGGCGGGAGAUGGAGGAUCCCAACAAGCAUAUCUUUGACCCAGUUGAAGAACAGGAGAACACAAACACCAACCUCUCAAGUGCUAAGAAAAAGUAUGGCAGUACUCAGGCUAUCAACACUGUCAUCGCAUUCGCUGAAAGGAAGUCAUCAAGUGAUUCAGACACCAACCAGGACACACAGGUGGCGCUAGCACAGCUUUACGCACAUGUUCAGAGCAUGCCUGAUUCUUCUAAAAAGAAAAAGCUUUUAAAGCAGUUUAAUAGAGCUUCACAGACGCCAAACACUACCAACACACAAUCUGCCACCAAGUCGAAACACACGAGGAGUCGUACAUUUGGGUCACAGAUAAAGAAACACUUCCCCAGUUUCCACAAAAAUAAGCGACAUGGUACAAGUGAGACCACGACCUUAACCUCCGACCUUCCUUGGUCCAUGACCUCUACCAUCAACAUUGACCAAAUGGAUGACAGUGUAUUUGGAACGCCCAUUCAGAAAACAAGAAAAUCGUUUAAUAAUGGAAGCCCUGCCGUCCAUAUAGUUGACAUGAAGAAAUCUCCUGAAACCCAUCGCCGACCCAGAAAGAGGUUAAGUAGUGAGGGCAGCGAUGGAAGCCUCCCAGACAAACGUCCGACCCCAGACAUGUUACCGUCCACAGAGAACGAGAUUGAUUACAUCAUUAAAAAACACCCAGAGAGACGGAUGUGUCCCUGCACCACACCCGAUCGUGUCGGCAAACCUAUCGCCAUGGUUUCUCCAAUCACACACUCACCAAUUUCGCAGUCUGUCAAAAAAGUUCCCCCUAUGAUGCAGAAAAAUGCCAUGACACCCAGAUCGCGAGCACCUUUGUUACUGUUACAGUCGCCAAAUCUCACCUCCAGGGAAAGUUUGCUGUAAAAAACAACUUAUUUCCCUAGGAUUCAUCUCUGGACUGACAUUUCUUUUGAUCAGGACUGGUCUACUGCUUCCUACAGGGAUGACAAAAAUACUGCAUCAGUGCUAUCGGGGUAGAAGCAGGUCAAUCUGGUCAAGGGAGAUCACUCUUGAGACAAUGCAAUAGUGCUGCUACGGUUUGAGCCCUGUUUGAGAUAAAGUGCUGUUAAGACUUUGUAAUCACGAUAUUAUGUAAUUGUGUACCUAUAAGUGAUAUAUUGUUUGUAAAUUAAGUUGUACAGAAGAGUUUGUUUGUUCAGCCUGUAAAUACACAGCUGUAUAGAUUAUGACGCCUAGCGUUUAAGCCUUUCAAAAGUAAGAAAUAUAGAAUUAUAUAUAAAUUUGUAUAUGUUACUGGAUAAUUUCCACAGCAAUUAUUUCCAAUUCAGCAAAUCACAUAUCAAAAAGAAAGAAAAAUUCAUUGAUAAAUAUAAGAACAAAAUUCAACAAUGAUAGCAGGAAAAUUUGAUUUUUGGAGAGGAAAUUAAAUAAGAAAUUAAAAAUUAAAUUAAUAUAUGUAACUCUGGUCAUAGAGAAAAAAACCUGUCAUAUGUGAUAUAAUUACUGUGGAAAUUCAUCUUUUUGUUGUGAUUUGCUUCAUGUGAUAUAAUUAGAUUUUUAUUUUGCUUAAGCUAAGUAAAUAGAGCCUUGCCAUGGUUAUAUAAGUUAUUUUGUUUCUAAAAACAAGUCUCGUACAAAUGUAUUUCCUGAUGUAUUAAUCAAAGACACCAAACAAAUUUAAAAAAAAAAAACUGCAUUUGGAAAACUGCAUUUAGUUAUUGUCAGACUUGGUAUUCAUAAAUUAAGAUUUAUAGUUAGAAAUGUAAUUUUAUUUCAGGUAUCAUAAUUAUUGAUCAAUGCAAUGGACAUCAACCGUCAGUACUUCUGGUAUUUGAUCACAUUGAUAAGUGCUGUUUAACAGAGUCGAUGACUGUUUGAUAGAAAUAUGUGUGUGCAUGUGUCUUGCUACUAUUUAAUCUAUAUUAACAGUAUAACCUACAUAUAUUCAAACCUGGCUGCGAUUUCUCAGAGAGAAAAAUAAGAAGGAUUUAAGCUAUUUUAAAAAUUAUUCGACAUUGGAAAACUUGAACAUUUUAUGUAUCAUGUUCUUAAAACAUAUUUAGGUUAAAGGAAAAAUGCUAAAUAUUGAUAAGUAGUCAUUAUUGAGAGAAACGAAAACUUGGUGCUUGGGUUACAAUAAUUCUAGGAUAUAAUUAUACAAACAAAAGUAUAACCUCAAAAUAUUUAUGAAAGUUUACUUAAU